GGCUGGAGCAGUUCCACUGCAUGCAGCGGGCACAUAGGGGCUUUUCACCGCAGGCCGCGGCGUGCUUCGUUGCCCUCCAGUUGUUCGCUGUCGCUGACUCCACCCAAGUAUUUGUGCCGCGGUCGCGACUGCCCAACGCAAUCGAAAUCCAUCUGUAACACGCGCAAAACCGCGAGCCAACCCGCCGCAAACACCACUCCUUGCCUCAUGGCUCACAGCCUGGCGAAUAUUUCAAUCUGAAUUAACCCUGGAUACCUUGCACAUCGCGAAGUUCUGACCGACUGCCGCGUCGAACCCAUCCGCCAUGGCAACCCCAACCGAGCCCGACAACAACCCAAAAGUGCUCGACUUCGCAGCAGCAUCGCCGCCUCAGACGCAAGAGAACCGCCGUCCACGAUUCAGCGAUGCAUCGGCUACGGAGACCAUGCCGGCCAUAUCACGCCUCACGGUCGACACUGAGGUAGACGUGCAGAGCCGCGGACGAAGCUCCAGCCAACUCUCCGCGACAGCUGCCCGCGCCGACGGCAACAGUGUGCUUUCGCCCACUGUCUCGGUCGAUUCGACGCUUCGACGGCGACCCACCCGUUCAAACACCGUCCGACACUACCAGAGCCCUCACCACGCCGGGCGUCGUGCAUGGGAACAGCCAGGUGCAGAACCAGGUGUCGAUACAAAGAAGGAGCCCGAGGACAACUACAGCAACUUGAAGACGGAAUGCGACAUAACCGUCGUGGACUUCUCCGAUGAGGGCUACAACUGCGUAGAGCUGGACAACGACACACUAGAGGCGUUUCUGCGAGACUACCCCAAAGACCCAAAUCAGUGCCGAUGGAUCAACGUCAACGGCUUAAGUUUCGACGUCAUUCGCACUCUGGGAAACACGCAUUCGCUGCAUAGGUUGGCCAUCGAAGAUCUUAUGAACACACGAGGCCGGACCAAGGUGGACUGGUAUGCGGAUCAAGCCUUCUUGCUACUGACCCUCUCGAAGCUAGUUCGCUUACCAGACGACGACUCCGACAGUGACUCAGAUUGCGAGGACGACGACGACUAUACCCGCCCACGGAGCAGAAAAUCUUCCUUUGUCGAUCGUUUCAGAGCUCGAUUUGGUUCGCAGAGCGAAGAAAACCCCACCGCCAGUGGCCACUUGUGGCGUUAUCCAGAUCAGGAGAAGGGCUGCGAGACGGAUGGUCCUCCUCACUACCGUAGGAAAGGUCAGCAUGCUACACAGAUUCGUACAUUACAACGAUACCGAGGAGGUCCCAAUCUAGAUAGAACCAUCUACAUGGAGCAACAUUCCUCUCUUAUCAGCCGAAAGCUUGCCGUUAGCGUUGAGCAAGUCAGCAUCUUCUUGUGCAAGGACAACACGGUCAUCUCAUUCUUCGAGCAUAGUGCGCCCGAGGUUGAGGAACCCAUAAUCAAACGGUUGAGUACCGAAGACACGAUUCUCCGCCGCAGCGCAGACGGCAGCAUGAUCUGCCAAGCCAUCAUCGAUGCCAUCAUCGAUCUUGCCAUCCCGGUAGUAGCUGCGUACGAAGAUGCAAUGGGCGAACUAGAACUGGAUGUGCUUCGCGACCCUGACAUUGGCCAUUCGCAACAGCUUUACAUCCUGACUUCAGAAAUCGCCAUCCUCCGGAACACGAUCCAGCCCAUCGUUUCCCUCAUCAAUGCCCUUAGGGAUCACAAGUCUGAUCCUGUCGCUACCGCUAGUAGCUUCACCGUACCCACCCGGAAGACCAUAGCUUCGCUUACAAUAUCGCCCCUGGCGCACACGUACCUUGGGGAUGUGGAGGAUCACUGUAUCAUGAUCACCGCAUCUCUCGAUCAGAUGCGCCGGGCAGCCGACAACCUGAUCGAUCUGAUCUUCAAUAUGAUGGGCGCCUACCAAAAUGAGUCCAUGAAGAUACUCACUGCUGUCACGAUAUUCUUCCUCCCGCUCACCUUUUUGGUCGGUUAUUUUGGCCAGAACUUCAAAGUAUUCCCUGGCAUCGAGAAUCACAGCGAUCAAUUCUUUUGGGUUAUCGCAGUGCCUGUCAUGGUAGCGACUAUGCUGAUUUUGAUGAGCCAGCGGAUAUGGCGUCAAUUCAAAAAGUGGAAGACUGGCUUCAACUUGCGCGAGGCGAGGAGGAAGAACGGACCGCUGGUAGAAAUGCGAAAGGGUGUGCACAAUGGCAUUGGAAUUGCCAUGGGCCUAAAAAAGGAAGACCGAGGAAAUAGGCACAAGCAUCGCAGCAAGAGCGAGCUGAGGAAGAGGCAGACCAUGUAUACAAGGGGUAAUAUUGGGUCGUUCUAAGCAAUUGAGAGUUGACUCGCGCUGUGGCACCAUCCGAGACGACGAUGGGUAAGGGAGCUUGCAUUGAUGCAGCUGGAAAUACUCAGUUGUCAUGUCCGGACAUCUACUUUUUUGCGUAGAUUCACAUUAAGAUACCCUUUCCUCGAAUCUGAAGCAUUGCAUAGA